GAGGAAAGCAAAAAAAGCGAAAAGGUAUUUGCCGCGAGGAAAAGAAAGCCCGCACCGAAAAUGUCCAGCACGGAAGAUUUCUAUUUGCGUUACUACGUUGGUCACAAGGGCAAGUUUGGGCAUGAGUUUCUGGAGUUUGAGUUCCGGCCGGAUGGUAAGCUGCGGUACGCAAACAAUUCCAACUACAAGAACGACACCAUGAUCCGGAAGGAAGCGUACGUGCAUCAGGCAGUAAUGGAGGAGCUAAAGCGUAUCAUCCUGGAUUCGGAAAUUAUGGCAGAAGAUGAUUCCCUGUGGCCACCGCCGGAUCGUGUAGGACGACAGGAGUUAGAAAUAGUGAUAGGCGAUGAGCACAUCUCUUUCACCACAUCCAAAACGGGUUCGCUGGUGGACGUGAAUCAGUCCAAAGAUCCGGAAGGACUCCGCGGGUUCUACUACCUCGUGCAGGAUCUAAAGUGUCUUGUGUUCUCAUUGAUUGGACUGCAUUUCAAAAUCAAACCCAUCUAACCCCGGUGCGAGAGAUGCAACAGGAAACAUCACCGGUUUCCUCCACAACACAAACCACAUACAUUUUGGUGGAAUAACAUGGAAUUUUCUUUUCACUUUAUUUACUAAAACAAACAAAGAUUCUCUAUCGCAUUUCGAAAUGUGAAACAUUCUUUGUGACAAUGUAGAGUAAUAAUAAUAAACGUAAAGGACACUUUUCGCUUACUCCCAG